CUGGCAUCAGUGUUUGAAUAAAUCGUAUGAAUGCGGCCUCACACACUCGCAUGCAUGUGAGGCCUCACACGUUCCCAUGAGCACCCCCCCUCCCUCCCCGGGGGGUCUUAGUUUUGCCCAAUAAGGGGAAGAGACCUUUGCUAAUCUCAUAAAUUCAACUAACUUCUUUCCUCCUCUCUCUUUCCCUCCCUUCCCGGAGCUCGACUCGGUUCUUCCCAGGCGGGCCGGCGAGGACUCACAUGAGCGGUAAAGCCGUGAGGGUCUGGCACUCUGCUAUGAAGUAGUCGAAAGGAUUUCGCACCGAUGCAAGGAGCGGCUCUUUAGACUUUUUAGCCCACAGAUUGUUCCCGUCCAAACAUGACCCUUUUGUCCGAGGAUCAGUCCGCCAGGCCCCAGCCUUGCCGGGUAGCGGAUCCACCCAGCAAACAGGCGGGGCCCUUGCACCAGGACACGAAGGAUUUGACCGGCUCCAAAGACUACUACAUGGAUAGCGCAGAAAACGCCGUCUUCGGACAGGUGGAGCCCCCGAGGCGCUCGCGGGGCCGCCUGAUCCUCCAUGGCCUGGUCAUGUUCGGAAGGGAAUUCUGCUACGCGGUGGAGGCGGCGUUCGUCACGCCCGUGCUGCUCAGCGUGGGUCUGCCUCGCAGCAUGUACAGCCUGGUGUGGCUGAUCAGCCCUAUCCUGGGCUUCCUGCUGCAACCCGUCAUCGGCUCGGCCAGCGACUACUGCGGCUCGCCGUGGGGGCGGCGGAGGCCCUACAUCCUGACGUUGGGCCUCCUCAUGCUUGUGGGCCUCACCAUGUUCCUCAAUGGAGAUAUCGUCAUCUCAGCGGUGAUCGCCGACAGGGCGACGCGGCAGACGUGGGCCAUCGUGGUGGUGAUGCUCGGCGUGGUGCUGUUCGACUUUGCCGCUGACUUUAUCGACGGGCCCAUCAAGGCUUACCUGUUUGAUGUUUGCUCGCACCAGGACAAGGAGCGAGGCCUCCACUAUCACGCUCUGCUCACUGGUUUGGGCGGAGCGUUCGGCUACCUGGUGGGCGCCAUGGACUGGGGUCACUCCAUCCUGGGGCGGCUGCUGGGCUCCGAGUACCAGGUCAUCUUUUUCUUCUCUGCGCUCACCUGGAGUGUUUUCCUCACCGUGCACCUCUUCAGCAUUCCCGAAGAACCCCUGGACAAAGCGGCGGCCGGCCGACCGUCGGCCCUCAGUGCCCUGAGGCAACUGGGCUCCCAGCGGAACGGCUACGGAACUCUGGGAAAAGAAACCGAGGACCCCCCGCUGCUGUCCGUCUCGGACAUCAGGCAGCGGUCUUUCUCUGCUCUUGGGGAGGCCAACGCCGUCACCUCCAGCGCCAAACAGCCAAGCAAGGAGGCCCGUGAGAGGAUGACACUGAAGUCUCUGUUGAAAGCCAUCAUCACCAUGCCCACCCACUACCGCUACUUGUGCAUCAGUCACCUGCUGGGAUGGACGGCGUUCCUCUGCAACAUGCUCUUUUUUACCGACUUCAUGGGACAGAUCGUCUACAAGGGGAACCCGUAUGCCGAGCAUAACUCCACGGCCUAUGCCACAUACGAGCGCGGUGUGGAAAUUGGCUGUUGGGGCUUGUGCAUCAAUGCGGUGUCCUCUGCUCUUUUCUCUUACGUGCAGCGCUUUUUGCUGUCCUACGUGGGCCUGAAAGGUUUGUACUUCAUGGGCUACUUUGUGUUCGGCCUGGGCACCGGCCUCAUCGGCCUCUUCCCCAACAUCAUCGCCACGCUGGUCCUGUGCAGCGUUUUUGGCGUCAUGUCCAGCACGCUCUACACCAUCCCCUUCAACCUCAUCGCAGAGUACCAGCGCGAGGAGGAGGAGGAAAUGAAUCGUCGCGGCGGUGGCGAGUCGUUACGGGGCACGGGCGUGGACUGCGCGGCCCUCACCUGCAUGGUGCAGCUGGCCCAGAUUUUGGUGGGCGCGGGCCUGGGCGCCCUGGUCAACGUGGUGGGCAGUGUGGUGGUGGUGGUCCUGUCCGCCUCCACCGUGUCUCUGCUGGGCUGCGUCUUCAUCGCGCUCUUUGUCAGAUCCGCUCACUCCUUGCAGUAUUUGUAAUGACUAAAGACGCUAUUCUAUUGCUAAAUAAAGAUUCUUUAUUAUGA